UACACUGUAGCUGAUUUUUUGGAGCCGAGGAGAGAUGAAGCUUCUGAUCUUGGCAGCCCUGCUUGGGCUGAGCUUUGCUCAGUUCGACCCUAACACUAAAAAUGGACGAACUUCCCUUGUCCACCUGUUUGAGUGGCGCUGGGCUGAUAUUGCUGCAGAAUGUGAGCGAUACCUUGCACCAAAUGGCUUUGGUGGGGUUCAGAUCUCCCCUCCAAGUGAGAGCAUUGUUGUUACAGACCCUUGGCAUCCUUGGUGGCAGAGAUAUCAGCCAAUCGGCUAUAAUCUGUGUUCCAGAUCAGGAAAUGAAGAUGAGCUGAGAGAUAUGAUCACUAGAUGCAACAAUGUUGGGGUGAACAUCUAUGUGGAUGCUGUCAUCAAUCACAUGUGUGGAGCGGGUGGUGGAGAGGGUACACACUCCAGCUGUGGAUCAUAUUUCAAUGCCAACAAACAGGAUUUCCCUUCAGUUCCAUUCUCAAACUGGGACUUCAAUAAUGGCAAAUGCAAAACUGGCAGUGGAAACAUUGAGAAUUACCAGGAUGUCGAACAGGUCAGAAAUUGUCGUCUGGUUGGUCUUCUGGAUCUGGCUUUGGAAAAGGACUACGUGCGAAGUAAAGUGUCUGACUAUAUGAACAAGCUGAUUGAUAUGGGUGUUGCUGGAUUCAGAGUGGACGCCUGCAAGCACAUGUGGCCCGGUGAUCUUUCUGCUGUUUAUGGAAGACUACAUAAUCUCAACACUAAAUGGUUUCCCUCUGGCUCCAAACCUUUCAUCUUCCAAGAGGUUAUUGAUCUUGGCGGGGAGCCCAUCACAUCAAAUCAGUAUUAUGGAAUUGGAAGGGUCACCGAGUUCAAAUAUGGCGCAAACCUGGGCAAUGUGAUCCGCAAAUGGAAUAAUCAAAAACUGUCCUAUCUCAAGAACUGGGGUGAGGGUUGGGGUAUGAUGCCUUCUGAUAAAGCCCUGGUAUUUAUUGACAACCAUGAUAACCAGAGAGGACAUGGAGCAGGAGGUGCAUCUAUCGUCACGUUCUGGGAUUCAAGACUUUACAAAAUGGCCGUAGGCCUGAUGUUGGCUCACCCAUAUGGAGUUACAAGAGUGAUGUCCAGCUACCGCUGGGACCGCAACAUUGUCAAUGGACAGGAUAAAAAUGACUGGAUAGGACCUCCCAGCUACAGUAAUGGAGCCACCAAGCCAGUUCCCAUCAAUCCAGACUCUACUUGUGGAGAUAACUGGGUUUGUGAACACAGGUGGCGACAAAUCAGAAACAUGGUGAUCUUCCGUAAUGUUGUUAAUGGACAGCCAUUGUCUAACUGGUGGGACAACAACAAUAAUCAGAUUGCUUUCAGCCGUGGCAGUCGUGGAUUCAUCGUCAUCAACAAUGAUAGUUGGGAUCUGGACGCGACCCUGAACACUGGCAUGCCAGCAGGCACCUACUGUGAUGUCAUCUCUGGUCAGAAGGAGGGAAGCAGAUGCACUGGGAAACAAGUCCAGGUUGGAGGAGAUGGACGGGCUUACUUUAAAAUCAGUAACAUGGAGGAGGAUCCAUUUAUUGCAUUCCAUGCUGAUUCAAAACUGUAAAAAGUUAGACAUAGAAAGAUACAAUAAAUAAAAGAGUCAUGCAUAAUAAAACAAA